AUGGCAGAUAAGGAGAUUGGUGGGUACCUGACAAUGUCGCGGCUGGUGCAUUCGGUGGCAAGAGUGGAGUUGAAGUCCGCCGUCAAAUCGGGCAGUGGCGCGGCGGAGACUGUGCGGAAUUUGUUUUCGUCGUUGGCGACGGCAUUGUGGGACUUUGGAAGGUACAGUUAUGGCCGUGCCAAGCUGAAUUUGGUUUUGGUGGUUGAUGGUGAUGUGAAAUCGAGUUUGGUGGGUUUGUUUGAGGAGAAAUGUCCGAGUGCUGAUACGUUGAGAAGUGAGUCUAAGGUGGUCUCGGAAUUGGUCUUUGGCGGGGAAGAGAACUAUGACAGUUUAGGGCAUCAAGUGAAUGUCUUAGUGGGGCUUGUGUGGAAGAUUGUGGCUUGGGAGGCCAUUACUGCGUUUGUGGCUCUUGAAGGUGCUGAAUUGAAGGAGAAGAGUCAAGAUGGUGAAGUAAUUAGUGUUAACAAGAAGAGUGAGAAGAAGAAGAAGGUGCUUUUGGGGAAAGGAACUAGUGUUCUAAUCCAGGUGAUUAAGAAUAGAUUAGGGAGUAAAGUGAGUGGUUCUGAUGGCUCAGGAGGGUUGUUGGAGAAAUGGGUUGAGGAGCUGUUGUCGUUUUUCGAUCCGAAGGACUUAGAGUUUGAUAAUUUGUUGAGCAAAGUGAAGGAGAUUGUGGAGGGCAAUGAAGCUAGAAGACUUCCCAAGCCUCCAAAGGGUACUCGUGAUUUUUCUAAAGAACAAAUGACGGUAAGAAAGAAAGCCUUUUCAAUCAUAGAGGAUGUUUUUGAGAAGCACGGUGCCACUGCCCUGGACACUCCGGUUUUUGAAUUAAGUGAUGUUCUCAAGGGAAAAUACGGUGAAGAUUCAAAGUUAAUUUAUGAUCUCGCUGACCAGGGUGGAGAACAUCUUUCUCUGCGGUAUGACUUAACUGUUCCAUUUGCUAGGCAUAUGGCUUCAAAUGGUUUAACAUCCUUGAAAAGGUACCAAAUAGGAAAGGUUUACAGAAGAGACAACCCAUCUAAAGGAAGGUAUCGUGAAUUUUAUCAGUGUGAUUUUGAUAUUGCUGGUCAAUAUGAAAGGAUGGGGCCGGAUUUUGAAGUUAUUAAGAUUUUGACUGAACUACUGGAUAAACUGAACAUCGGAGAUUAUGAGAUAAAACUGAAUCAUCGGAAGUUACUGGAUGGGAUGCUGGAAAUAUGUGGAGUGCCCCCUGAGAAGUUUAGAACUAUUUGUUCAAGUAUUGACAAGUUAGACAAGCAAUCUUUUGACCAGAUAAAAAUAGAAAUGGUGGAGGAAAAGGGUUUAACUGAGGAGACUGCAGAUAAAAUUGGCACUUUUGUGAAAGAGAGGGGACCCCCUCUGGAAUUGUUUGGUAAACUUAAACAGGAGGGGAGCAAAUUCUUGGAAAACAGCUCAUCUAUUGAUGCCUUGAAUGAUCUAGAGAUCUUAUUUGAGGCUUUGGAAAAAUCAAAAUGCAUAAACAGGGUGACUUUUGACUUGAGUCUUGCCAGAGGUCUUGAUUAUUACACCGGUGUGAUUUUUGAAGCCGUUUUCAGAGGAGGCACACAGGUUGGUUCGAUUGCUGCUGGUGGACGUUAUGACAACCUUAUAGGCAUGUUCGGAUCAAAGCAGGUUCCAGCUGUUGGUGUGAGUCUUGGAAUCGAGCGAGUAUUUACUAUAAUGGAGCAACUUCAGAAGGACCAGAACCAGAAAACGAGAGCAUCAAAGACGGACGUCUUGGUGAGUAUACUGGGUGAUGAUCUAAGUCAAGCCGCAGAGCUAGUAAGCGAGCUUUGGGAUGCCGAAAUGUAUGCCGAAUUCUCGGUGAGUAAAAGGUUGAAUAAGCAUUUUGACCGUGCCAAGGAGUCUAAGAUACCUUGGAUGCUGAUACAAGGUGAGCGAGAGCGCAAUGAAGGCAGAGUCAGAAUCAAAGAUUUCGAGUCCAGCAAUGAAGAUGUUGUUGUCCCGAGAUCUAGAGUUGUUGAGGAACUCAAAGCACGCUUGAAUCCUUCAAAAUGAUCUCCUUCAACCCGGGUUCUGACUCUCUGAUUAACUUCUACUUUGGUACAACAAUAAUACCGGUUAUACAUGCCUUUAUGAGUCAUUUAUUCAUUUGGCGACUUUUGUUGUUUGUUGGGCAAUCAACGCAUCAUAUUUUUGUACCACAAUUUUUGUGUCCAUAGACAUGCAAAGUCCAUCUUCUUGAAUAUGAUCUGAUAC